AUGAUGAGCAUCCGUGGGUUUCUACACAUCUGCGCGGCUCUGUGCACGCUUCUCCACUCAGACACGGUCAACGCCGCCCCAGCUGACAGUGCCAGCAAGAAGCCGGUGAAGCAAGUAGCCAUCAUUGGCGCUGGGGCUGCAGGCUCGUCAACUGCCUACCAUAUCCGCAAAUAUGCCAAUGAAGAGGGCAUUGCGGUCAACAUUACCCUAUUUGAGAAGACAAGUCGGAUAGGCGGCCGCACCCUAACAGUGAACGCCUACGAUGAUGUCGCGCAACCCGUCGAGCUUGGGGCGUCCAUCUUUGUAGAUGUCAACCACAUCCUGUGCAACGCGACUAGAGACUUCAACCUUCCCGUCAUAAGCCCCGGAGCCGACGAGGCUGGCCUCCUCGGGAUCUGGGACGGCGACAAGUUUGUCUACCAGCAAGACUCAGAGUCGUGGGAAUGGUGGAGCCUCGCGAAGCUGUUCUGGAAGUACGGCACAGCGCCCUAUUACACCCGAAAGCUGGUGCAUGAGACGGUAGCCACUUUCUUGAAGCUCUACCAGGAGCCGUAUUUCCCAUUUCGAUCACUUACCACUAGAGCAUAUGAACUUGGACUGGCUAAGAUUACAGGCGUCACCGGUCAGCAGUUCCUGGCGCAGAACAAGGCAAGCUGUUCCAUCUAUCCGACCAGAGCCGCCUCACUGACUCUCUGCACACGAGUCAACUAUGCAUCCAAUCUUGCUUACAUCCAUGGCUUGAGUACCAUGGUCUCCAUGGCCCCCGAAGGAGCCAUGGCCGUCGCUGGAGGUAACUGGCAGAUCUUCUCCAACAUGGUCCUCGAAUCUGGGGCUCAUGUGUACUUGAACUCGUCUGUGGCUUCCAUCAAGAGGACCGACGGCAAAAGCCCGGGCUCCACGGCUUCCAAGUACAUGAUCCAGACGACAGACGCCGCUGCGGUCGACGCUGAACCGGUGGGACAAGGCGUCGAGUUCGAUGACGUUGUGAUCGCUACGCCAUACCAGUUCAGUAACAUUGCCCAUGAGGACGAUUUGAUACAGCACCCGAUCGACAAGAUCCCGUAUGCAACCCUCCACGUGACUCUUUUCGCGUCGCCGUUCCGUUUCAGCCCGGCGUUCUUCAACCAAGAGCCCGCGACAGAGGUGCCGAUCUCGGUCCUGACUACGCUUGGCGAGGGGGAAGAGCCACGCCCGGGGUCUGAGGGUGCGGGCAAGGCAGGCUUCUUCUCAGCAACGCUGGUGAAGGUAGUCAUGAACCCGAAGACGCAGCGCAAGGAGUGGGUCUACAAGAUCUUCUCGCCUGAGGCAGUCACACCUGAGUUUCUCUCUUCGCUUCUGGGGGUUCAGAUCCCGGAUGCUUUUGUCCGUGCGACCGAUGUCGAGGACGAAGAAGAGUACGAUGUGGUCGAACCGAUUUCGUGGUACCACGCUGUUGUUUUCCACCCGUACCCGCAGGAGCUCCCACGCGUCACGUUCCAGGACCCCAUUCUCCGGGAGGGUCUCUACUACACGUCGGGGAUCGAGAGCUUCAUCUCGACAAUGGAGACGAGCGCUCUGAUGGGGAUGAACGUCGCCAGACUCAUCGUGGAUGACUACUUGGGACAGGCUGGCGCGAGAGAGAAGGACAAGGCUUCAAUCUACGCGGACCAGGAGCGGGAGCAGAAGGUGCUGCAGGGGCAUCAAAGUGGGGCGACGGCAGUGGGUGGUGAGCUCUGA